CGCGGAUAGCUAAUCCGGUUUGUUGUGAGGCUGCAUGCUCGGCCACGCUCGCGUAGUUCGUCAGCGAAGCUGUAGACGGCAAUAUGGCUCCCUGCUGUGUUACGCCAAAUUUGCUGUCGUUGGUUUCGAGGCACAGACUGCGUUUUUGCGCGCCGUUGGUGAGAAAUCAGUCAUGGACGUCAAUUUACACGACGGAUCCGAUAGACCCAAAAGAGGAUAAGUUCAAGAAAAUCCUCAUCGCUAACCGAGGCGAGAUAGCCUGCCGAGUUAUUCGCACUUGUAAGCUGAUGGGCAUUAAGACGGUGGCCGUUCACAGCGACGUAGAUUCACGUAACUUGCAUGUGAAGCUCGCCGACGAAGCGUACUGCAUUGGGCCUGCACCGACCAGUCAGAGCUACCUGCGUGUUGACGCCAUACUUGACGCUGUCAAGAGGUCCGGAGCCGAUGCAGUUCAUCCUGGAUAUGGUUUUCUGUCCGAAAACAUGGACUUUGCCGCACAGCUUACUGAGGUUGGCGUCACAUUCAUUGGCCCCAAUUCCAAAGCCAUUCACAUGAUGGGCGACAAGAUUGAAAGCAAGCGCAUAGCAAAUGCCGCUAAAGUGAAUUGUAUCCCUGGAUUUGACGGCGUUGUGAAGACGCCGGAGGAGUGCGUGAAAAUAGCGCAAAGUAUUGGCUAUCCAGUCAUGAUUAAGGCAUCAGCUGGUGGUGGUGGCAAAGGUAUGCGUAUCGCCUGGAAUGACAAGGAGGCUAUGGACGGAUUUCGCUUCUCGUCUGAGGAAGCGAAGUCAAGUUUUGGGGAUGACAGACUGCUGGUGGAAAAGUUCAUUGACAAGCCGCGACACAUUGAGGUGCAGUUGAUGUGUGACAAGCACGGGAACGCUGUGUACCUGAAUGAACGAGAAUGUUCCAUCCAACGAAGGAACCAAAAGGUUAUCGAAGAGUGUCCGAGUACGUUCUUGGACCCCGAGACACGCAAGGCCAUGGGUGAGCAAGCGGUGUCACUGGCGCUGGCUGUGGGAUACGAUUCUGCAGGUACAGUCGAGUUUCUGGUAGAUUCAAAGAAGAACUUCUAUUUUCUUGAAAUGAACACUCGUCUUCAGGUGGAGCACCCUAUUACAGAGUGUGUGACGGGCGUGGACAUUGUGCAUCAGAUGAUCAGAGUUGCCAAGGGCCAUCCACUUCGCAUUUCUCAAAAGGACGUUCCUCUCCGGGGCUGGUCAUUCGAGUGCCGAGUUUAUGCAGAAGAUCCUUUCAAGCAUUUUGGCCUGCCCUCAAUAGGGCGACUCUACCAGUACAUUGAGCCAGACCACAUUCCGAAUGUGCGCUGUGACAGUGGCAUUGUUGAAGGCAGUGAAAUAAGCAUUUACUAUGAUCCGAUGAUCUGUAAAUUGGUUACAUACGGGGACAACAGAGAGGCUGCAAGGCUCACAAUGCUGAAGGCAUUGGAUGCUUAUGUCAUCCGAGGUGUCACUCAUAAUAUAAGUUUGCUGAGGGCAGUUCUUUCAGAGCCUCAUUUUAUCAAAGGUGAUAUUGACACUGGGUUCCUGCCACGGAUAUAUCCUGAUGGUUUCAAGGGCAAAGAAUUGUCUGAAAAAGAGUACACUCACUUUUCUUGCUUGGCAGCAGCUAUAUUUUUACAGGAUGAACUACAUGCUCGUGAGUUUGUAAAUGGACAUAAGGUGGCAACUGAAGAGACGUUUGCUCGCUGGCAUGUCGAAGUAAUUGUAGAUGGCAAAAAGACCUCUGUCACUCUCAGCCAUGAAGGCAACAGCACCUACUCUGUUCAAGUUAAGGAUGGCAAGUUCACUGUCACUUUGCCUGCUAACCUUUCCCUGCCUCUUGUCAAAGCUGUCGUUUGUGGUGAUGAGUACACCUUGCAGCUUCUUCAGCGUGACUACUCGGGAAACUUGAAGAUUUCCUUUGAGGGCACAUCGUUGAGUGUAAAAGUGCUUAUGCAAGAGGCGGCCAAUUUUCUGAGCAUGAUGCCUGAGAAGCCAAAGGCAGAUACAAGCAAGAUUGUGGAGGCACCAAUGCCUGGUGUGGUUAAACACGUGACUGUCAAAGUUGGGGAUAUGGUGGCUGAACAACAAGAAGUGUGUGUCAUCGAAGCAAUGAAGAUGCAAAAUAGCUUGGUGUCUGCUGCCAUGGGCAAAAUCAAAGGUGUAUUUGUCAAGCCAGGCCAGACUGUUGAUGAGGGCCAGCUGCUUGUUGAGCUGGAGUGAUCUGCACUUGGAAGUUUCUCUACUGAGGUCUACAGUUUUGUAAUAAAUGUACAGAAGACAAAAAA